AUGGAGUGGCAGGUAUCCUGGAGGGCUGUGAUCUGGGGCCUUGGACUGCAGUUUGCACUUGGACUCUUUGUCAUCAGAACUGAACCAGGAUUUAUUGCAUCCCAGUGGUUGGGUGAUCAGAUCCAGAUUUUCCUGAGCUACACAGUGGCUGGCUCAAGCUUCGUGUUUGGGGAUGCCCUGGUCAAUGAUACCUAUGCCUUUCAGGUUUUGCCCAUCAUUAUUUUCUUCAACUGUGUCAUGUCGGUUCUCUACUAUGUGGGUCUCAUGCAGUGGGUGAUCCUGAAGAUUGCUUGGCUGAUGCAGGUCACCAUGGGUACUACAGUCACCGAAACCCAGAGUGUGGUUGGGAACAUCUUUGUAAGCCUGAAUGUGGUGCCUUCCCUGAUCCAGCCCUACUUGUCAGAUAUGACGCUUUCUGAGGUCCACGUUGUCAUGACUGGAGGCUACGCCACCAUCGCCAGCAGCCUGCUGGGUGUCUACAUCUCCUUGGGGGUCCGAGCAGAAAUCAUCACGACGUUUGCACUCUGUGGAUUUGCCAACUUCCGCAACGUUGGAAUCAUUUUGGGAGGCCUGAUCUCCAUGGUCCCUGAGCGGAAGGGUGAUUUCUCCCAGAUCAAGUUCCAGGCCCUCUUCACCGGAGCCUGUGUGUCCCUGGUGAAUGCCUGUGUGGCAGGGAUUCUCUACGUACCCAGGGGGGCUGAGGUGGACUGUGUGUCCCUUCUGAACACCACUCUCAGUAGCACUAGCUUCGAAGUGUACCAGUGCUGCCGUGACCUCUUCCAGAGCACCAGCUCCAAUUCCAGUGCCGAGGCUCUGAGGAACUGCUGCCAAUUUUACAACCAUGCAAUCUGUGCGUAG